AUCAUUUCCCAGUGUCAAGAUAACUACCACUUCAGAUGACUACACCAAAGUCCUUGUUCACACUACAGGUCAUAUUAUAAAGAGUUCAUUAAUAACUGUAACAGUAAAAGCUUUAGAAAUGAGAGAACAAAGUGAAAAGUGCAUUGCUUCAGACACAGUAAAUGCAGAGAAAUUAUUAAUAAACAAUGAAGAAUCUGAUGCUGACAUUGAUAAUAGUGAUGGAGACCCAGAUUAUAUACCUGAAAAGGAUGGUGGCCAAAAUGGAUCACACAUUGAAAAAACAGAAGUUAAAGAGAGAAGGUCAUCUUUGUGCUCAACAUCAAGCAAUAAAGUAUAUGCUUGUUCACAUGAAGAUUGUGGCAUGGAGUUUAAUAAGCCAAGUCGCCUUGCACAGCACAUGCGCAUCCACACAGGAGAACGACCUUAUGAAUGCCCAGCUGAGGGCUGCUCAAGGUCGUAUACUCGGCAGCAGCACUUGAAAAGACAUCUUGAAACAACACAUAUGAGUGAAUCAAAAGAAGAAAAAAUUAAAUGUGAUGAUUGUGAUAAGAUGUUUUCCAAUAAGUAUUCCCUCCGGAAGCAUCACUAUAGGUACCAUGUGCGUACUCCAUUCACAUGCAGUGAAUGUGGACAAACCUUUAAGAAGCAGCAACACCUUAAAACACAUACUUUUGUUCAUACAGGCAUCAAGCCAUAUAAAUGUGAAUUCCCAGGAUGUGAUGUGAGAUGUGAGAACCCUAGUCGCUUGAAACGUCACAGCUUUACCCAUGAGAAGAGUCGAUAUGCUUGCCCUAUUGAGAAUUGUGGGAAUACAUUUGAUCUGUAUCAGAAUCUGCAGAUGCAUCUCUCUAUCAGCCAUAUGAAAGUUUGUGAUGUUUGUGGGAGAACAUUUAGACAACUUCGCAAGCUUAGAAUGCAUCGCAAAACUCACGAAGAUGUCCGAGAAGCUUACUUCUGCCCUCUUCCAAAUUGUGAUAAGCACUUUUACCAGGAAAACAACUUAGCUACACACAUCAAGGAGAAGCAUGAAAAGAGCAAGAUAUACCAGUGCGGCAUCUGUGACAAAUGUCUAGCUAGCAAGCAAAAAUUAACACGUCAUAUGGCCACCCACGCAGUAGAUUAUAAAAGGAACUACACAUCCAAAAAGCCAAGGAAACCUCGUAAAGACAAAGGUGUUUCAAGGACAGAUUAUUCACGUCUACUGUCUGGGUACUAUGAAGAUGAAGAAGAAGAAGAAGCUGCUGUUGUCAGUCCAAAAGACAAUGGUGAAGUCAAGGACAUGGACACUAAUCAUGAUGUAGUCACUGAUAGUCAGAAGGAAACUGCAGUAGAAAGUAAAGAUGAAGAAAUGGAGUGUGAGUGAUAUGAAGACAGGCUUUAAUUGAUUUAUACAGUUAUUGUUGAACAUGCCAAGGAAUUGUCCGUGAUAUUUAAAGCAUAAGAAUUUUAUAUUAGUACUAUUUUCAGUUUUGCAUAGUCAGGUGUAUGAGAUGUGUCAUUUGUAGAAUUAAGUCAAAAAAUUUAUUUGUAUGCAUGUUUUUUGGUCUGUUUGGGAUUACACAAAAUGCUCAGUAAUGUGUUAUUCCCCCUGAGAAAUGGUUUUACAAAAUGUAUGUAAUUAUUAAUGGAAAAAAAAAUCCAUUGGUCUUAGUAAACUUAUACAUCUCAUAUGUAAAAUACAUUAUAUAAUGCACAUGGAUAUUUUCAAUGCUUAUAGCUUUAUGUGACUGAUUGUGAGUUUGCUGAAGAAAAGUUGUUAAUAACAUAGUAACAUGGGAUAUUGAAACGCUCUUGGUUAUAAGUGUAUUCAUUUACUGAAUAUAGGUUAUACAUAACUGUGCAUGAUUUACAUACAGUAUAUUUCAUUGCUUGCAGUCUACAAUAAGUGGUGCUGAAUUAUAUAUAGUAGCAGAAAAUGUUAUGUAAUGAAACUUAUAAAUAUAAAACAUCUUCAGGCAUAAUAGAUGUUUCAAACUUCCAGAAGUAUGAAAAUAUUCUAUGAAAUUGACUGUUCUUUGGGGUUUUACAUGAAUAUGAAGCUUCUGUUUGUGCAUCAUUAAUUCUCUUCCUAGAUAGGCUAGUUUUUGCCAUGUGUGUGUGUAUGCUUGUAUGUGUGUGUGGGUAUGUGUGUGCGUGUGCAUGUGCGUGUGUUAGCUGUUUGCACGCACAUUUAUAUAUUACCCUUCUUUGUAUUUGAUAUCAUAAACAAACAUAUUUAGAAAGUUAUCAGGGCUUAUGUUUAACUCCAAUCAUUGCCUGAUCCUUGUGGCACUCCAAUAGUUCCUAGAUUGAUUGAUUGAUUGAUAGAAAGAUCGAAAGAUAGAUAGAUAUAGAUCAAUAGACAGGUUUAUAUUUACAUUUAGAUUUACAUAUGCAUAUAAUAUUUGGAUAUUGAUAAAAUCAUUGCCAGAAUUCUGUUACUAACUUCUUUUGUGUAUGAAAAUUUUCUAGUGUACACAUGUGCAAAUACAUACCUGCAGAUGUUCAUAUUCAUCAGUGCAAUACAGGUCAAGUCAACUGCUUCAUAAUAGUUGAGAAGAAAUAGGGAGAGCCAUGGAGGGACGAACCAAGUCUGCUUCUUGUAUAAAUCCUAUGUGAUGGAAUUAAACACACUAAAAGCUUGGCCAAUUAUGUAGAUUAUAAGAACAUUUGGAUAAGAAAAAGACAGUGAAACUUUACAAAGACUUCAUAAGUCAGAGUAAAAGAUGAUUGAAGGUUAAAGGAGGAAAAAAAUCUAGUUUAAGGAUGAGAAAUAUCAAACCUAAGUGAAUUUACUCCCAGAUCAGAAAUGCAGUGAUGGACAAGCAGUAACAGCAAGAGACUGAAGGAACCCAAUACCCAAAAUGAGUAAACCAUACAUUAUGCAUAACUGUGAAACCAAACUUGACCUCCCUUUAGCAAGUGUAACUUUAGUACUCAUAGACUAUAAUAUUUGAAUAAAUUAUUUGACAGAUGCAGGUGGAGGGGUAGUAAUAAUAUGAAUUGGAUUAACAAUAUAGCAAUUGAAAAUUUAACCCAUUGCUGCCAGGGAAAAUGUAUAA